AUGCCCCAGAGUUCCACCUCCAGCGAGGAUGAGAUGGCCCAGAGCUUUUCCGACUACUCUGACGACUGUGCCUCUGAGAGCUCCCGUGAAGAAACUAUUUAUGAGACCAUAAGGGCCACUGCUGAGCCAUCACAGACCCGCAUGGACGACAUUCACACAAACUCUCUGGUCAUCCGUGUCCUCAUCCCUGACUUGCAGCAGACUAAAUGCAUGCGUUUCAACCCGGAUGCAACAAUCUGGGUUGCCAAGCAACGAAUCCUUUGUACACUUAAUCAGAGCCUGAAAGACGUGCUCAACUAUGGGCUUUUCCAGCCAGCUAGCAAUGGGAGGGACGGAAAGUUCCUGGAUGAAGAACGCAUCCUUCGAGAGUACCCCCAGCCAAUCAGCAAGGGCGUCCCAUGUUUGGAGUUCCGCUACAAGAGCAGAGUCUACAGACAACCCAAUGUUGACGAGAAGCAGAUUGCCAAACUUCAUACAAAGGCCAAUCUGAGGAAAUUCAUGGACCUUGUUCAGCACGAUCAAGUGGACAAAGUGGCCAAGAUGUUGGAGAGAGGCUUUGAUCCCAACUAUCAUGAUAGCGACACUGGUGAGAGCCCAUUGACAUAUGCAGCUCACCUGGACAAUGCGGUGGAGAUGAUAAAAGUGCUGAGGAACGGAGGGGCUCAUUUGGACUUCAGGGCAAAGGAUGGCAUGACUGCCCUCCACAAAGCUGCAAGGUCCAAGAACCAGGUUAUACUCACGACACUGCUAGAGUUGGGAGCUUCUCCAGACUACAAGGACAGCCGUGGUCUGACUCCCCUGUAUCACAGUGUGGUGGUGGGAGGAGACCCAGGAUGCUGCGAGCUCCUGCUGAAUCACCAUGCUUCUGUCUGCUGCCAAGAUGAGAAUGGCUGGCAUGAAGUUCACCAGGCUUGCCGUCAUGGCCAUGUGCAGCACCUGGAGCAUCUGUUGUUCUAUGGAGCAGACAUGAGUGCCCAGAAUGCCUCGGGAAACACUGCUCUACACAUCUGUGCCCUAUACAACCAGGAUAACUGUGCCAGAGUGCUGCUAGUUCGUGGAGCUGACAAGGAAGUGAAGAACUACAACAGCCAGAGUCCUUUUCAGGUCGCCAUUAUUGCUGGAAACUUUGAGCUUGCUGAGCUCAUCAAGAACCAUAAAGAUUCUGAUAUAGGUGAGUAA